UGGUUUCACAUUUGCAGCUCGCCGUCCUCUCUCGCUUCCUCCCCCGACGCCACCAGCAGCGAGCUGUUGCUCAAUUCCGGUCGGCGGCGACACCGCAGGCGGGCGUGUCUGUCUGUCUUUCUCUCUCUGGCGUCGCAGAUUCACACAGCUGGUCAGACUGAGGUUGAAUUGAGCAGCAAAAAGGAGCACGAAAGGGCGAGAGGAUGUCGUUUAUGAAAGGAGAUCUGCUUACGAGAACCAGAAAGCUCGUCAAAGGCUUGGCUAAGGCCGAGCCUGUUUGGCUCAAGGCUAUGCAACAGGCACCACCUGCAGUUUUCCCUCGUGCUGAUGAAAUCAAGAAGAUCACUCUCCCCGAGGAUGUUUAUAUUAAGAAGUUUUUCCAGAAGUAUCCGGACUCAAAACACGAGGAUGCGAUCAAGAUAUGUGGUUUCGACCCCCCUCCUGCCCGUGUCUUUGGUCAACGAGUCCUUGAGUUGAAGGAAAAUGGAGUUAGUGAGGAAGAGGCUAUCAGCGUAGCAGAUAUGGAAUACCGGCUAGAAAAGAAGGCAAAGAAGGCGGCGUACACUCGACUGAAGCAGAUUGCGAAGCUCCAAGGCAAGAGACCUCCUCCUAAUCCCUGCCCGAGUGCUAUUAAAGAGAUACAAGCAGAAGAGAGGAAGUAUGUUCUUGAUCGUUUCUUUAACCCCGAGAUCCGCAAAAUAGUCGAGAAGAUGAAAGAAGAGAAGGCAGCUGAAGCUCAGUACAGAACGGGAGGAGGUGGCUAUUAUUAGAGUUUGGAGCCAGUUCAAAGUG